AUGCCAUCCGGGGGCGAAGCAUCAAGGGUGAAGGCAGAUUUCUCCAGGAUAGCAGCACGGAGAAGAUUUAAUAGUGGCUCCAAAUACGGAGAUUUAAACGAAUUAACACUCAAAUGGUUCUCGCCAGCUAGAGCUAGGAACUUACCUAUUAGUGGUCCACUGCUGCAAGAAAAAGCUAUGCGAUUUGCAUCUGAUCUUGGUCUGACAGAUUAUAAAGCUUCUAGUGGCUGGCUUACUAGUUUCAAGGAGCGUAAUUCUAUUGGAUUUUACAAAGUCUCAGGUGAAAGUGGUGAUGUUGAUCCGCUCGACCUCGGCAUCAUCAGAGCUUUCAAAGCAAGGUACAGAAAACGACUAAUGAGUCAUUUACUAGCAAAGCUGGACUCCGUACAAAAUGCUACAGAAAUGACAAAAUGUGUUACUGUGCUAGAUUGUGUAUACUGGAUCAGCGCAAGCUGGAAUGAAACGACAGACAUUACAGUUAAAACAUGUUUCAUGCAGGCCGGCUUCCCCUUCGUGGACCCCUCUGCACAAAUGUACCCGGAUGAGGAAAUCGUGGAUGAUGAUGACGACAUACCGCUUGCAUUACUGCGACUCACAAACAUAGAUCUCGCGACUGCCGCAGACAUUGAGGACGAAUUAGAAAUUGAGGAUAACUCCUCAGACUGGGAAACUACACUUUUAGAAAGUGUCAGAGGGGUUGAUCCUUCAGACUCAGACGACGAGUCUGAAACGGAAGACGAAAGCAACAAUGAGACUGAUCUCUGCUACGGUGAC